CCUCCUCCCCUUCUGUCCGUCCGUCCGUCCGUCCCCCCGCCCGCUCGCGCUUCCGUCCUUCUGUCCGGCCACCAGCCCUCGGGCCCGUAGCCCCGCUCCGCCCGCUUUGUCUCUCCCUGGCUCGCUGUCUCUUUGUCUCUGCCCUCGCGCUGCCUCCCAGCCCCUCCCUCGCUCCCCGAUCUCGGGUCCCCCUCAAGGCGCUCGUCUCAUCCCUCAGAGCCUACCCCCUCUGAGCGCCCCUCAUCUUUGGGGACCUUUUUUUUCUGAACACCUUCCACACUCCCCCAAGGCUCUCCUCUGAGCUUCCCGCACAUCCCUUGAGGGUCCUCCCUUCCAUCUGUCCCCCCAAAUCCCGGGGGUCUUGCCUCCUCUUAGCCCUCAUUGCUUCAGGGUUUUCCCUCUUUUGGUGUCCCCUGUAUACGCUGAUACCUCCUAGAUCCCUUGGGGUCUCUCCUUGGGACCCCCAAAGCUCCCCAGCUCCCAGACUUCAGCGCCCCUCCCUGCCUUCCCUUCGUUUGUCCCCUGUCGCUCUCUCCUUGUUCUCUCGGGCCUCCGCGCUCCUCAUUCCUCUGGGUCGGGGCCCCCUGCUUUGCUCUCCCUGCCUCUCUCUGCCCCCGCAUCUGUCUUGCUGGUGUCGCCACUCGAUGUCUCUUGCGCUGCAGACCUCCCUUUAAGGCUACUCCUUUGCCAGGGCUCUUGCCGCUCCCCCUUGCUUUCUCUGCCCCGGUCCCCUGUCUCCCCUUCUCUCUGCUCCUGUGUCUCUCCCUCUCCCCUUUUCUGUCUUUGCCGGUCUCUGGGUCUCUGACCCCCAUCCGGCCCUCAUGGCUUUGUGUCUGGAGCUCUUGAAGCAAUGUUCAUCAUGCCUAGUGGCGUAUAAGAAGACCCCGCCACCGGUCCCUCCACGCACCACAUCGAAGCCGUUCAUCUCCGUCACGGUCCAGAGCAGCACCGAGUCUGCCCAGGACACCUACCUGGACAGCCAGGACCACAAGAGCGAAGUGACGAGCCAGUCCGGCCUGAGCAACUCGUCGGACAGCCUGGACAGCAGUACCCGACCGCCCAGUGUGACACGGGGCGGAGUCACCCCAGCCCCCGAGGCCCCUGAGCCACCCCCAAAACAUGCAGCUUUGAAGAGCGAACAAGGGACGCUGACCAGCUCCGAAUCCCACCCUGAGGCCAUUCCCAAAAGGAAACUGUCAUCUAUAGGAAUACAAGUUGACUGCGUUCAGCCAGUGCCAAAAGAGGAGCCCAGUCCCGCUACCAAAUUCCAGUCCAUCGGGGUUCAGGUAGAGGACGACUGGCGAAGCAGCGCCCCCUCUCACAGCAUGUCCUCCCGACGGGACACCGACUCGGAUACCCAGGAUGCCAACGACUCAAGCUGUAAGUCAUCUGAGAGGAGCCUCCCGGACUGCACCCCACACCCCGACUCCAUCAGCAUCGAUGCCGGCCCCCGGCAGACCCCCAGGAUUGCCCAGAUCAAGCGCAACCUCUCCUAUGGAGACGACAGCGACCCUGCCUUAGAGGCAUCCUCGCUGCCCCCGCCCGACCCCUGGCUGGAGACGUCCUCCAGCUCCCCCGCGGAGCCAGCACAGCCAGGUGCCUGCCGCCGGGACGGCUACUGGUUCUUGAAGCUGCUUCAGGCAGAAACGGAGCGGCUGGAAGGCUGGUGCUGCCAGAUGGACAAGGAGACCAAAGAGAACAGCCUCUCUGAAGAAGUCUUAGGGAAAGUCCUCAGUGCUGUGGGCAGUGCCCAGCUACUGAUGUCACAGAAAUUCCAGCAGUUCCGGGGCCUCUGUGAGCAAAACUUGAACCCUGAUGCCAACCCACGUCCAACAGCCCAGGACCUGGCAGGGUUCUGGGACCUGCUGCAGCUGUCCAUCGAGGACAUCAGCAUGAAGUUUGAUGAACUCUACCACCUCAAGGCCAACAGCUGGCAGCUGGUGGAGACCCCCGAGAAGAGGAAGGAAGAGAAGAAACUACCCCCUCCGGUCCCAAAGAAGCCAGCCAAAUCCAAGCCGGCAGUGAGCCGCGACAAGGCCUCUGACGCUGGGGACAAGCAGCGUCAGGAGGCCCGCAAGAGGCUCCUGGCGGCCAAGCGGGCAGCUUCUGUGCGGCAGAACUCAGCCACGGAGAGCGCGGACAGCAUCGAGAUUUAUGUCCCUGAGGCCCAGACCCGGCUCUGAGACCAGGAAGCAGGAAGCAAACAAUUUUAAGUCAUUAAAAAAAGAAACCUACAAACUAAAUGCGAAAGGAACAAAAUUUUCUCAACCUUUAGUGUGGUUAUUCUGUCUAGAGACCCUGAGCCAACUUUCAAAUUGACGCAUACAAGGGCUCACAAUUUGGCUUUCUUGGGUCCCUCCCAGCUUUAGGUUAUGAAGACUUCACACAAAAAAAUCAACAGAAACACAAAACUAUAAAACUUUUUUUUCCUCUUGCUGGCCGUGGUGGACUAGAUAGAUGGACUUCGGCAACGCCCCGGCCCAGCCUCCAGACUACAGUCUUUUUACUUGCUCUAUCUAAUGAGAACUUAAACUAGCUUGUUUACAAGAUGACGACAGCCCAAGGGCAGCCUUGGGCACCUGCCAUGUCCUUCCUCCUUUUCCUGGCUACCCCAGCUCUGACCUUGGAGUUUUCAUUCUUAUGUUUUUCUCUUUUCCCUUAAGAGCUCACACAGGGGUCACCAUCCUGACUAUCGGCUUUCUGGUUCUCAGCCCUUUUUGUGGGUGAGCCCAGAGGACAGAGAGAUGGACACGCGUCCCCUCCCCCACCGAGUGCUCACACACAUGCACGCGCGCGCGCGCGCACACACGCAAAUACAGGUUCCUCUCAGCAGAAGCAGCCCUCCCACUGUGAUCUGCCAGCCCUAGGCAGCGUCAGGUGGGUGACUCGCCUCUCUGAGACCAUGAGGAGGGCUGAAGUCUUUGGGGGGGUGGGGGUGGGAAUGAGAUAAAAACCACAGCUUACCACACUCCAGACUCCCGCCUUUUUCUUCUCUCCAGCCCCGUCUUCCUUCAGCAAAAUGUAUGACCUAGAGUGACUUGCAGGGGCCACUCAAGAGGGGGACCCCAUUUUCCAGGGGUCACGUGUCCCUGGCCGAGCCUGUGUACAGUACCCGAGGGGCGGGCGGCUGUGUCUGUAUGUAUGUGUACAUAUGCACAUAGACCUUAGAGUGUAUAUUUAACAAACGCCCCUCUGCUCACCCAUGCCCACCAGCGCCACCGCUGGCUCUCGGGGGCACCUGGCAGGAGGCGGGUGUGUGAAUAGCAUAUAUUUUUACAUGUACUAUAUCUAGGUGUGUGUACAAGUGUGUGUAAAAAUAUAUACCUUGUGUGUAAGCAGCUCCCCCUUUUUUUGUCUCUCACCUGCCCCCCGCUCCCCGGCCAUGGGCCCAUCUGCCUGGCCUCUGAGUUUUCUAUUUUUUUACCCCGGUCAUCCUUCUCUCUCCCCUGCCCCCCAGCCCCACUCCCAGGGUGUCAUGAGCCCUGAGCUGCGAUGGCCCAGGCCUGCAGGGUGAGGUGGGGGGCAGGGAGGGCGAGGGCGAGGCCAGGCCUGCAGCAAGCUCCGAGCACGACGGGCUGCGGCACUGGAGACGCCCUCGUGUCCAGCACCUGCCACAGGGGCCUGCUCUAGGGCCCAUUCCAGCUUGGCCGCCGUCUGUGACCUUGGGCAAGUCACUUGACCUCUGUGUGCCUCAACUUCCUCCUCUGUAAAAUGGGGACAGUCCCCGCCCCUCCCUACCUCACAGGCAUGUUGUGAGAAUAAAUGAGGUAACGUGCA